AUGUCAAAACCCGAGGGCAUUAUUGAGUCUACACUAGACCACAUUCACAUGAAACAAUCGACAAUACGAGACAAGAGGCUACAAUCUUACAUUUUGUCUGGAUUAAAGAUGAUUAAUGAAUCCGUCGAGGCUAUCUCCCAAGUCAAGAACGACUUUGCUCAAUGGAAGGCUACGACGGAAACGUUGGUUCAAGUCCUGAAAGACAAGACGUCUAUGAUUGUUUCUCAACGAGAUAAAGACACCCGAAAACUUGAGAGUCGUUCGUCAGAGAGGGAAACACAGGAAAGAAAACUUCAUGACCGAAGAAUCGUGCUAAGAGAACUUCAAGACCGUUGUGACAGUACCGUCUGGGGAUACACUAGGAUGUUCAAUAACCCCGAAGCCACGACGCCCAGUCUCAGUACUUUCUUUACAUCUGUACUGGCGACCUUGGCGACGCCAGUGAUGAUGUUUUCAUUAUUUGGAAUCUGGUCAAUGGAAUCGACUGUCACAAACUUUGAAGCUCAGAUAGACGAGCUGAACAGGAAAUUGGAGUUCAUGCAAGGUGAAGUUACAUCGCUGGGUGAGGUCUUGAAUCUCUUAGAGAAAACACUUAUCGACCUUAACACAAUGCAGCAAGAGAUCGAGAAUUUCAUGGAAUUCUUGAUCGGUAUUCAGAAAAUCAUAGCCAUUGCCAAAGAAGGUGAUGAUCGGGUCUUAACCAAAGAUCUCAAAGCUGAGGACCUACGUAACGACACAAAGCUGAACAUGGCAUACCUUAAGGACGCUUCUUCUAUGAAAGACAGAUUCCGUAUUGCAGCCAAGGCGGCAGGGCUUUACAACGAGAUCUCAGACAAGUUCAUUCUUCCUGGGCUCUCUUGGUUAGGUGGGCUGUGUUUUGUCGAUUCAUCAGAUGAAACCUAUGAGAAAAGCCUUCUUGAAAUCGAGGAUCAAGAGAAUUACCUCUGCGAUGGGGCUAAACAAUUGAUUACUCAGGCAAGUUUCUUGGUCCUGAUCGUCCACCUGGAUACUGACUGCUGUGGUUUAGAGGGUCGAGGAACUUGGUAUCGAACUGAAGGUCUCAAGUCCGAAGUCCUAAAGGUUGUCUACGAAGGUGUGCUUCUGCCCAAUUGGAUGACAUGGGCAAGGUGGAAGACAUCGUUGAUACCAGUGAUACAAUCUGAGACACUCAAAUUCUAA